AUGAGCUUGCGCAACAACAUGCAGGCCGAGACGCCCCGCGCGCGCCCCGAUGACUCGGACGUCGAGGAGGAGGCCCUCGCCAACGACUACCGCGAGCAGGUCCAGUACGACGACGGCAUGGACGCCCUCGACCGCACCUCAUCGCUCGGCGGUCAGGACAUCCACGCCCAGCUUGCCGCCGCUGCCACCCCGCUCGAGUUCCCCGCCACCCUCGAGACCAAGUUCGCCAGCUACGACAACUACUGCAGCCUUUUCCACUUCAUCCUCAACUCCGACGGCCCCGUCGACCUCGAGGUCCCCAACUACUACUGGGCCUGGGAUGUCAUCGACGAGUUCAUCUACCAGUUCAACAGCUUCUGUAGCUACAGACAAAAGACUGCGCUGAAGGGUGACAACGAGGAGGAGAUCCAGCUGCUCCGCGAAAACCCAAACACUUGGGGCUGCUACAGCGUUCUGAACGUCCUGUACUCGCUGAUCCAGCGCUCGCAGAUCAGCGAGCAGCUGGCCGCCAUGAAGCGCGGCGAGGACCCUGCCCAGUUCGCCGGCGAGUACGGCAACCGCCCGCUGUACAAGAUGCUCGGCUACUUCUCCAUCAUUGGCCUGCUCCGCGUCCACUGCCUUCUCGGCGACUUUAGCCUGGCCCUCAAGACGCUCGACGACAUCGAGCUGAACAAGAAGGCCAUGUUCGCCCGUGUCAUGGCCGCCCAUUUCACCACCUACUACUAUGUUGGUUUCUCCUACAUGAUGAUGCGCCGCUAUGCCGACGCCAUCCGCAUGUUCAGCCACAUUCUGGUCUACGUCUCGAGGACAAAGAACUUCCAGAAGAACGCUCAGUACGACUCCAUCACCAAGAGGAACGACCAGAUGUACGCCCUGAUUGCCAUCUGCGUUGCCUUCAACCCCACCAGGCUGGACGACACCAUCCACUCUGCUCUCCGCGAGAAGUACGGCGAGCAGUUCAACCGCCUCCAGCGUGGCGGUCCCGAGGCUCUGCCCCUCUUCGAGGAACUCUUCCGCCAGGCUUGCCCCAAGUUCAUCUCCCCCACCCCGCCGGACUUCGACAACCCGGAGGUCAACGUCGACCCCGUCGACCACCACUGCCGCAUCUUCAUGGAGGAGGUUAAGAACAACAUGUGGUCGCCCACCGUCAAGAGCUACCUGAAGCUCUACACCACCAUGGAUCUCAAGAAGCUCGCCGGUUUCCUUGAUGUCGAGCCCGAGAAGCUCCGCUGCUGGUUGCUCGUCAACAAGCAGAGGAGCAGGCAGGUCAGGUGGACCGAGGGCGGUCUGCUCGAUGGCGACAUUGUCAACAGCAGCGAUCUUGACUACGCUAUGGAGGGCGACCUCAUCCACGUUUCCGAGGCCAAGGUCGGCCGCAGGCUUGUAGACUGGUACCUUCGCAACCUUGCUAGGACCUACUAG